GUUCCACCUGCAUCUGUUGAAGUGCAGUUCAAAGAUGGAAGACAGCAAAAGCAAAACUUUCAACAUAAAGUAUUCAGAUGGGAUCGAACAACAGUUCACUUUUAUUAAAGAUAAGCAGCAAAACAACUUGGUAUUUUCUUGUGGACCUGCCUAUAGCAUCAAAUCAACUGUAAUUUCACCCUCAGUUAAAGCGAGAAGGACACAGAUAAUUUGGAAGUUUUUAGCAGCAAAAGUUAAUUUUACACUUAAAAUGGACCUGUUUGGCUGUCCUUCUGAACCAUUUGAAGGGCAAAACCCACAGUGUGGACCAAAGCCUAGUUUUUACAGAGUUAAUGAUGGCAAAACAUUUGAGUGUGUGCACUUAAAAUGUCCUCUGUCAUGUGGCUCACACCAACACUAUUACAAGAAAUUUAGUUGCCAAAAAAGUACUUGUGAUAAAACUGACCUCUGCAUUAGCAACCCUUGUGAUUUCCGUAAACUGUGUGUGGACUACCUAACCUAUCGCAGGUGCUAUUGUCUGAAAGAGGAUUGUUCCAUUGAAUCUGGUGCAUAUGUUUUGUUUGAUAAAGACGAGCUUAAUUUGUUUGAUACGGUUAGGCUUGAUAUAAUAACCCCUAGAGAUAUAUCAUCCAGUUACACUAUUUUCAUCAGUGGCAUCACCUGUAGACUUGACUUCAAAUCAUUCAAAAUCCAGCAAACCAGAAAAUGGUACUUCUGUUCCAGACUUGUGCAUAAAAUUACAAAAGGAGAAUACUUCACGUUUAAAUCUGAAUAUUGGAAGUGGUCUUACGCUGUGCCUAAAGUUAUUUUACCUCAACCAUUCAUAUAUGUCUGCUUAAGAUACAUUGAAAUCAAAGGUGCUUCACAUCAGAGUUUCGAUAAGCGUGUAUACAGCACGGUGGAAGAUAUUCGGUUCACAGUGUCUAAUGAAAGAGGCUGUGGCAGUGACUUUGAAAUAAUAAAAUAUAAAUGGACUUUCAGCCACUUCGAAUCAGAGACUUACAACUUCUGUAUUAGUGAUGACAGCUUUGAAAUGAUAUUUUCUUCAUCCACUGACAAUGGAGUUUUAGUUGUGAAAAAACAAACACUUUUAGGUGGAUAUUUCAAAGUCUGCCUGCAAGUUGAUGGCAUCGAUGGGAAGAAAAGCUACUCUGAAGUCAAUGUUACCUGUGGAUAUUUCAGAGUUAAACCAGUUCCAUUGGAGUUGGUUAUUAAGCCGCCUGGACUGCAUCAGACUGUUCUAACUACUCGUCGGGUACGACUUGAUGCUUCAGACAGCAAGGAUCCAAACAGUGAUGAUAAUUCAAGUCUCAGUUAUGAGUGGUUGUGUGAGCCAGUAAAUUCACUUCAUGAAUUGUGUGUUUUUAAGUCACAGAUGAAAUGUAUGUUUCCACACCAAGGACCAAUCCUGACAAUACCAGAAAACACGUUGCCUGUACUGAAGACAUUCAACAUCACGGUUAGGGUUAGCAAACCACGGAUACCUAGUGGGACAGCAACAGUGAUCAUCUUCGUGAGCGUUGGAAGCAAGCCAAACAUCCAGAUAAUCUGUCGUUUGAACUGUAAUACUACGAAAGUCCUUCCAUCUAAACUUCUGGCACUGGAAGUAAAUUGUGAAAACUGUGGGCCAUCUGGAUUGGUCGUAUCGGCAUAUGUAUGGAAACUAUCAAAACAAUCGGAUCUCUUACCCAUGCAGAUACUGCCAUUGGCAGACUGGGUGUCCAAGUCGCCGACUGGAUACAACAAAAAAACAAUGGUCUUGCCACCAGGGACACUCCAAGCAUCUUGCACCUACCAGUUUGAUCUUCACAUUUUCUAUAAGAAGAAUGAAUCAGUGGUGAAAGUUAAAUAUCGGUUUACCACCAACAAACCACCUAUUGGCGGAUCAUGUUCUGUAGAUCCGACGUCUGGCCAGGCUCUCAUCACCAAAUUCACCGUGUCCUGUCCUGGGUACAAGGAUAAUGACUCACCUUUAACAUACAGUGUCUACCUGAAGAAGAAAGGCAAAUCAGAUACUCUCUUGUAUCACGGAAACGAAGACACAACUAGUUUAAUACUUCCUGCGGGGCCACCACAGUCCGACUCAUGGCUCCAGUUAACAGUUUACAUUUCAGACUCUUUGGAUACCAGCACAAUGGUCUCGCGAAUGGUACAGGUUCGUAGUCCACGGGAUGUUACAAACCACAUGAUUGAAUUGUUGGCUGAAGCUACCGACAAAAUCCUUCAGGAGAAACCCUCAGUUUUUCUACAAAAAUCACUUGUCAUUGUGGAGAUGCUUCGGACAGUAAAACCUGAAGAAAAAGAACAGAAAAAAAAUAUUCGUGAGCGGUUGCUGAACAAUCUUAAGACUGUUAAAGCUGCAGACAAAGAAAUGCUUCUUCAGAUGAGUGACCUUGCAGAUGGCAUCAUCUCACAGGAAAACAACAUAUCAUCUAACAUGCAGAACCUUGCUUUGACUGUGUCCAUCAGACUGGCAGGUGCGUUAAAGGAGGUAUCGACAUGUCAACAUAUUUAUGCCAGAAAUAUUGCCAAGAAACAAUGCAAUACACUGGUGAGCCUGAUGGUCAAGGGAAGACAGAUGACAGAAGAUAGAGAUUUAAAACAGAUAGAGGCUAAAACCAAGCCUGUAUUGGAUGUUCUAGAGACCGUUGGUGACUGUUUGUUGGAAUCUAUCCAGUCGAUAAUAGAAGGACCAGUGAACGUUCAAUCAGAUCAGAUAUCCCUGACUGUUGAUCUGAUCAAGGCGACUGUUGAUGUAUUUCAUCUUACAGCUGAUUCUGAGGACGAUGCUAACCCAGGUGGCUCCAUUUCUUUCCCCAAUGACAUGAAGAGUGGAACAGACAAACCUUUCGACUUGCAGAUGAUGAUUAUGAAGACAAAUCCAUUUCAGUGGUCACCAACGGCAAAAAAAGUCAAUUUACCAGUGAUGAAGAUCUCGGUAAAAAAGGAUGGAAAAAGCCUUCAUCCAUCGAAUCUGUCUGUGCCGGCAGAUAUCUUCAUAUCAGCAAACUUAUCUAAUGUGAUGGAAGAAGACAAAAUAUACACCUUGAAUGUCUCAUACGACACUACCAGUCAUAAAGUGAAAAAUUCCAGUACUGUACGUGUAGUUAUUCCAGAAAUUAAAGGGAAAACACAGAUUGUGAAAAUUGUUCCUAUAAAUUCAUUGCUGAAACUAGAGGUGGUUUUGGGAGCUAGUGAAUCUGAAGUAAGCUUCAGGAAUCUCGAAUUGCAUGGGUUUGCCUGGCCAGUGGAAGAUGGAGCUCGCUUGACAUACAAGAACCAUAAACAAGAUCCACAUCUAUUAUUCUUACCAGAAGAUAUUCUUGGAAUGAACCACACUGAUUUCUAUCUUGCUGUUAGAGUUAAGAAAGGUCAGAUUCUUCAUGAUAAAGUUGAUGAAUCACGCAGACUGAAGAUUCAGAUUGGCAUACAGACAUUUACUGUUGAGUGUUCUUACUGGAGUGAGGCACAUGAAGAGUGGAGACAGGAUGGUUGUAUGGUCAGUCCCUUUACAACUGUAACAACUUUACACUGCUGGUGUAGUCAUCUGACUGUGUUUUCUGGUGGUAUUUUCAUUUCACCCAACACUGUCGAUCCAAUUGGUGCUACAGGCUUGUUCCUGACAUUUUUCGACAAUCCUGUGGUGGUCACCUUCAUUGUUGCCGUUUGGAUUCUGUACGCACUGCUGCUCAUCUGGUUACGCAGAGUAGAUCAGAAAGAUCUAAGAAAGACUGGUAUCACAAUGCUUGCUGACAACAUUCAUGGAGACCACUAUGUGUACAUGAUCUGCGUGGUGACUGGCUGGUGGGCGCAUGCCGGCACCACCUCCAGAGUGUCCAUGUACCUCUGUGGGGAGAGUGAAAGGUCUGAACAACAUGACCUGAUUGACAGCAAUAAGAAACUUUUCAUAGCUGGUGCUGAGAACUGGUUUCUACUAAAGACCAGCGGAAGUCUGGGACAGAUUAAAUCUGUGGUCAUAUGGCAUGACAACAGUGGAGAAAAACCAUCUUGGUACCUCAAUGAAAUUGUAGUCAAGGAUGUCCAGACUGAGGACAUAUGGCACUGUCUCUAUAAUAAAUGGCUCAGGGUCCAUAAAGGAAAUGGAACUCCUCAAGCUGACAUCCCUGCAGUUGAAAACGCAACCUUUGCCAAGAAGCGUUUCUACCAGUUCAUGCAGACAAUGAGUCGGGACUUGCGCGAUGAACACAUCUGGCUGAGCAUCUUCUCGAAACCUCCGACCAGCAAGUUCACACACGUCCAGCGUCUCACGUGUGCUCUGUCUCUUGUCCUGUCAAUGAUGCUCACCAGCAUAAUGUUCCACGGAAUUCCACAAGAUGAUCCCGAGGACCAGAUUGAUUUCGGAGAUUUCCACUUCUCACUGGUGGAUUUUGUAAUUGGAAUCGAGAGUGCCCUGAUAGUGUUUCCUAUCAUUAUGAUCAUCAUCUUGUUGUUUAAGUUAAUCAAACCAAAACCACACACUGUACUGAAGUCAUACGAACCUGUGGGUGAUAAGAUGAAACUUCAUGAGAAAAAGAAAGAUAUAUUUUCAAAGUUAAGAUUGCCGUGGUACUUUGUUUAUGUUGCUUAUUUCGUAGCAGUCACAACCUCCCUUAUCUGCUCAUACUUUGUGAUGCUGUAUGGACUCGAGUACGGCUACAACAAAAGUGUGGCAUGGCUCAUUUCUUUCUUCACGUCAUUCUUCCAGAGUGCACUUGUUACAGAACCAGUCAAGGUUUUAACUAUAGCGUUCCUGUUCACCCUCAUAUUUAGACACAGUGUGCAGUAUACAACAGAUGAACAGGAUGAGAUCCUUUUACAAGAGGAUUAUGGAAGAAAAGCAUCUACAAACUCUAUAGCACCUAUAACAGAGCAAUACGAUUAUGGAAGAAAACUAUCUACAAACUCUGCAAUGCAAGACGAUUAUGGAGAAAAAGUAUCUAAACAUUCUAUAGCACCUAUCACAAAGCAAGACGAUUGUGAACGAAAAGCAUCUACAAACUCUAUAACACCUUUCACAGCAACUCAUUGAAAGCAUUCGUACUUGAAUCCUGUUAUAGUGGACCUUGUAUGUACUUAUUGGAUUUGAAGUCAAGACUAAAUUCAUCAGAAGAGUGUAUUCCGCCCUAUAGUUAUGGUGCUGAAGAAUCUCAUUCUUAUGAUAAAAACUGGGAACAUGAAAUAACUGACGCAGAGAUAACAAUGUGGACAUAUCAGUCUGGAUCUAGCCUAGACACCCUUCCAAUCAUGAAAAAGACUCGACACCUAUCCUGGUGGGGGGUAUAUUCUUCAGUUGCCAAGAAAUCCCUUUAUGGCACGAGAUCUUAUAGGAAAAGUUAAAAAUACAAAAUGGAUUUAUGAACGGACGCGGGUGGUGUUUGUGAAAUUCACUCUCUUCAACCCAAAUGUCCAGCUGGUUACUGUAGUGGUGCUGCUGUUUGAAUACUCCAACACUGGUUUCGUGUUUUCCUACCAUCUCAUUUACACGGCUAACUUCUAUCACUAGCAGAAUUAAUUUGAGACCUUUGUUGCCGUUGUUGAGAUGCUGUUUGUUAUAUAUCUGUUUAUUUUUACUUAUACUGAAUUUAAAAAAAAAAAAAAUCUUAUAGACUUUUGGGGGAUUAACCAUUUUGUGUUUAGCAUACCCAACUAUUGCUGUUUAUUUAUCGGCUUAUUGUCUGUAAUAUUUGAUAAACAUUUGAUGUUUCAAAA